AGGGAAUUUAGGGCGAGCGCGGAAGAACACGACGCAAUGACCCCAGCGCGCGCGAGGCAGGGCAACGGCGCACUCCGGAUUCGGCUGUGAUCGUCUCGGAUUCUCCUCAGCUUCUCUCCAGGUUGGUCUUUUCUUUCUUCCUUCGGAUUUCCUUCGUGUCGCGUGUAAAUCUCGUUGCUCGUUUGUGGAUUUCGCGCAAUCGCUGUGAGUGUGUCGAGAGUGGGAGGGAAUUGGGAGAGAUCUAGUAUAGGAAAAUGCGGUGUCGGGAUGGAUUGAGAGAGGGAAAGAGGUGUUGACGGAAUUUACAUGUGAGGCGUUCUUUCAAGCUAGUUUUUGGGGGGGAGGGGAAGGGAGAGGGAGAGAUAGAAAAAAUGCCAAACUCCACGGAGGAAGGGGGAGGGAGCUCUGGGGGUAAUCACUCUGGGUCGGGGUCUAGGAAGGAGAAGAAGAAGCAGGCCAAGGAAGAGAGGGACCGACUCAAACAGGCCGAGAAGAAGAAGCGCAGGCUUGAGAAGGCGCUAGCAACUGCGGCGGCAAUUCGAUCCGAGCUCGAGAAGAAGAAGCAGCGGAGAAAAGAGGAGGAGCAGCGGCUGGACGAGGAAGGUGCUGCUCUCGCCGAGGCUGUGGCUCUGCAAGUUUUGGUCGAGGAGGACUUUGAAGGUGGCGGAAAAGUAGAACAGGAGGAGGUUUGUAGCUUGGAAAGUGAUGAGAGCGUUGUUGGUGAGACGAGGAGGCAGUCGGGGGGUGUUUUCAGUGGGCAGCGAGUGUCGGGAAGCUCGACUUCUACUACGGAGAAUGUGAGGAAGGGGACGAACACGAACGAGAAGGGGUCAUGGGUUUGUGAGUGGGACUCGCCGGUGGGAGGGGGGCAGAAUGACGAUGAGUUCCUUAGCAAGAAGGGACUUAUCACCACGGCCGAGGAGAAGGCGAGAGUUAGCACCGAGAGAGCUAAAGCAGCGGAGAUGGCCGCUGGACUUGCUGCUGCGCAGGCUGUGGCUGCUCUCAGGAUCGCCGAAGAGGCUCGAGCUGAGGCUGAGGCUGCCAAGAAAGCCGCAGAAGCGGCCAUGAUCGAAGCACUUGAUCAGCGUGAUCCUCAGCACAAGAGAGACCAAGAGAUGAGUGUGGUGCGUGAACCCGAGGAAGACAAGGCGGAGUUGAAAGCGAGGCUUAUCGAGACGGAGAAGAAGUUAUUGGAGAAAACCAGAAGGGUUUCAGAGCUGGAGCAGAACCUUGAUGAGGUUACUCAAUACUUACUGGAGUUCAAAGCCAAGUUUGAGAGCGAUAAGAACGCUACGAUUCUCAGCUGCACAGCGGACGGAGUUACAUCACAGGUGGGACAGUAGGCCAUUUUGCGAGUAAGUCCAUACGGAGGUGACGCAGCCACCGCUGCUGAUCCUGUGGAUCGCUUGGCAUGGGGGCUCGUACGUAGUAUCAGUCAGUGGAUCAUCGUCAAGGCAAGUUCUAAGGCAGCACUAUGGUGGACGCUGCUGCACAGAUGAUGGGGUACUAUGGCUUUCAGAGCUAUGGAAUUCCUGGUUUCGGCUGGCAAUACGGGGGAUAAGGAUAGGACAGGACUCAGUUGCGUGGCCGAGACGAUACGAAAAUGGAGAUAUGUUCAAGCGAGAAGGAAGCGAUGAGCAGAUAAAACGAAGAUAAUUGUCUAUAGACUCGGUCGGGGGCUUCGGACAAAUAACAAGCUUUAUAUCCUUGGUGGA